UUAGCGCAGGCUUGUAAAGCCAAUUGUUUUGUACGACGUAACUAUGACUACACUUUAUGGAAUAGACGAGUAGUUUAGCACAAAGUUUUUUUUUUCUCGCGGAAGAAAUAAAAUUAAAAAUAAACGAUCGUUAGAGAAGUAUUAAAAAUAUUCUAUAUUAUUAAUAAAAUAAACGAUGAACGACAAAGAAGAUUGUGCGUGGGUCUUUGAUUCUUUAGUUGGAUUUUUGCAAGGUCCAAUUUGGUCUGCGCCAUUAUUGACCUUUAUAGAAGAAAAAUCAUUGAUUUUCGAAGCAGACGAUGAGGAUAAUAACGAAGAAUAUCAUAAAAUUUAUCAAGAAUACAAAAAUUUGGUUGACCUUUUACUCGGAUGUUUUAUGGAAGACAUGGGAAUUACGCCGGAACAAUUCGAACACGCGUGCAACAUUAACAAAAAUACAAAAAUGUCGAUACACUUUCAACAAAGUUUAUUCGAACAAAUAUGGGCGGCGAACGAGUAUGGGAUAUUUAAAAGAAUGAUGAUACAAAAGAAUUUGGAAUUACAAUUGCAGGCAUUAAACAUGAUCGAACAAAAAUUUGGCCUAACUCCGGCUUCUCUUAUGUACGAAACGGAAGGUUUGCAGGACGAAGAAUUGGUCAUGGAGAAAUUAAUUAAUAAUCACAUUAUGGAGAUAAACAAUGAUGAAGAAGCAAUACCCAUGGAAACUUCUCUCGUGGAAGAACGCAACCGUCUGGCUAAAGAGUAUCAUAACGAAAGAACAUUAAUGGAGGAAGCUUUGAGAGCAACAACACGAUCAUCUGAAAAUUCUUCUCCUGAAUUAGAGCCGAAUAUUUCGCGAAAAAAGAUCGAAGUACAAAUUGAAAAAUUGGACAAAUUGCCUCCGUUGAAAACAUUUCAGCCGCUUGAUCCGAUACCUUCAACAAAAAUUGAACGAGUUAAAAAUAAUACGAAAGAAGAGGAUAUAAAAAGACGACAGGACUAUCUGAAAGCAAGACGAGACGAAUUAGUAGCCCUAAAGAAAGAAGUACGUAGUCAGCGGCUCGAAAUGAAUUCAACUCGUCCGAGUUCUGCUCGAGUAGUUGCAGAUGCAACGAUUAAAGGUGAACAGGAAUUAGACGUUGAUCAGUCAUUGGAACCGUCAAUUCUUCAAGUACGUAAAGCUUUAGCGGCACGAUUGAAGGCCGAAGUUGUGCAUAAGUGAAGUGAAUAUUAAUAUUAAUAUUAAUAAUAAUAUAUUUAUCGUGACUAUACGUAUGUUAUUUGCCGUAAUCGUAAUUAAAUUAAUAAAUUAAUACCCGAAAGAGGCAAACAUUUUCGCCUCCUUUUUUUUUUUUUUUUUAAAUUAAUUCAAA